AUGUCAAAGUCUAGAGUGACACCAUUGAAGCCUAUAACUGUUCCUAGGUUAGAACUAACAGCUGCAGUUGUAGCCGUUCGAAUUAGUUCUAUGUUAAAGAGAGAGUUAGGUUACCAGGAACUAAAGGAAUUCUUUUGGACUGAUAGCAAAGUCGUACUUGGCUACAUUUCAAACGAAGCAAAGAGAUUCCAUGUGUUUGUUGCUAACCAAGUGCAGCAUAUUAAAGACCACUCCUCUAUGGAACAAUGGAAAUUUAUUGAGUCAGCUCAAAAUCCUGCUGACACUGCUUCACGUGGAUUGUAUGUAAAGCAACUGAUUGAACAUUCUCUAUGGUGGAAUGGACCAAACUUCCUCUGGGAACCUGACUAUAAUGCUAAUCCAUCAUUUGUAAAUGUAAAUGUACAAGAGAAUGAUCCAGAGGUCAAGAAAAUUUCGUCAUAUAAGACCCAAACCAAAGAGAGCACUUCAAUUCUUCCAAAUCUUGAAUAUUUUUCUGAUUGGCACAGGGCAAAGAAGGCUGUUGCAUUAUGUUUACGCCUUCAAUGUAAAUUCAAGAACCCUGGGAGAGCAACAGUCAACAAAGAACUGACUGAAAACAAAGAAUCCAAAUACACGUCACCUAGUGUAACAGAACUUGUGGAAGCUGAAAAUGAAAUCAUAGGGCAAGUCCAAAAUGAAGCUUUCCAAAAGGUGAAACAAGAUUUACAAUGUGCAAAUAACGACCAUGGAGAUGCCAGUAAAAGAAACAAAACCUUAAAGAAAACAAGUUACAUUUACUCACUUGAUCCCUUCAGAGAUAAAAAUAACAUCUUAAGGGUAGGUGGCAGAAUGAGACAUGCCGAAUUUGCUGCAAGCAAUAAACAUCCAGUAAUUCUGCCAAAGGACUCACAUAUAACAGAAAUGAUAGUGUGUCAUUACCACCGGAAAGUCCAUCACCAAGGAAGAGGAAUAACAUUGAAUGAGUUAAGGGCAUCUGGUUAUUGGAUCAUUGGAGGUUCAUCAGUGGUAGGUAGACAUAUUUCAAGAUGUGUCAUAUGUAAAAGAUUGAGAGGCACAUUUCAAGAACAGAAAAUGUCUGAUUUGCCACCAGAAAGACUUGAACCUGCACCCCCAUUUACCUACUGUGGGGUAGAUUACUUUGGACCAUUCUUUGUUAAAGAAGGUCGCAAGGAGGUCAAGAGAUACGGUGUUUUGUUUACUUGUAUGGCUUCAAGAGCAAUCCAUCUAGAAACAGCAAAUACACUGGAGACUGAUUCAUUCCUCAAUGCAUAUAGACGUUUCAUAGGAAGACGUGGCCCAGUUCGUCAACUCAGAUCAGAUCAGGGCACAAAUUUUGUUGGGGCUAAAAAUGAACUUCAGCAAUGCUUGCAAGAAAUGGAUCAAGAUAAACUAAAAGGGGAGCUUUUAAAAGAGAACUGUGACUGGAUUACAUUUGAAAUGAAUAUUCCUCACGCCAGUCAUAUGGGUGGAGUAUGGGAAAGACAGAUCCGUUCCGUGAGGAAUAUACUAACAGCUUUAUUAUACUAUCAUGGAAGACAAUUAGAUGAUGAGUCACUCAGAACCUUUAUGGUUGAAGCAGAUACCAUCUGCAGGAACAAGUGGCCUUCAGUUAUUAAAAAUGUUAAGGUAAAUGAUAUUGUCAUUGUAAAGGAACAAAAUUUACCAAGGAAUUCUUGGAAACAUGGUUGUGUAUCUGAGGUUAUGCCAAGCAAAGAUGGUCUUUUCCUCAGUAGUAUAGAUAUCAAUUCCACAUUUUGCUCAUUUAAGUACAAUGUAACUAGAGUUUAA